AGAUGCCUUUUGAGUCUUCUAAGUUAAGCCUACCCGAUGGAUUUCCUAUUCCUUGAACCCAGACCUGGGUGGCAAACCCUCCGAGGCCGCUGUGUCCACAGACUGACAGAUCCCGCCCUAAAGUGCCUGCGGUGGCACAGCCCGGGCGGAACUGACGGACGGCCGCGGGGGUGCGCUGAGCGCGCCAUGCCUCCCCCGUCCGUCUGCAGUGGAAAGGCCCGGGCGUCACCAACGGGCGGCGGCGGGGUGGGGAGGAUCUGAGCGCGCCGUGUUCCUCCGCGUCUCCUGCGGUGCAACGGCCCGGGCGGAAGCAUCGGGCCGUCGCGCGAGAACGCUAAAAAUCUCGCCGUGUUCUCCCCCUCAUUUACCUUCAGUGGAACGGCCGGAGCGGAACCAACGGGCGGCCGCGGGGAAACACUAAAAAUCUCGCCGUGUUCUCCCCCUCAUUUACCUUCAGUGGAAUGGCCCGAGCGGAACCAACGGGCGGCCGCGGGGUCACCGAAAAGGUCGCCGUGUUCCGCCCCCAACUGCCUACAGUGGAAUGGCCCGAACGGAACCAACGCGCAGCCGCGGGGACGUUGUGGGCUGCGGCGCUUCUCCGCGGCCACGCCCGUGGGGCAGCGAGGAGCCCGGUGACGGGAUCUACGCGUCAUUUCCGGCUCCGCGGGCUCCCCGUGAAGCCCACCUGGGUCCGCCAGGCCUGUGCUCCGAACUGCCUUCGCCGCGCGCCUCUCAGGCCCCGCCCGCCAGCGUCUCUUUGUUGCGAAGGCGCGGAGGCCGAGCGCCAUGCCUGCAGCGGAGACUGCGACCGGCUGUCGACCUAGGGCUCCACCUGGAGACUUGCACCCAGACAGUGGAAAGGAAAGAUGUCACGUCUGAGAUGAGGUUGAGAAAGCCUGGGACACCUGUCCUGGGUGCUCUCUCUCACUGCCUGGUGAGCUUGCUGUGAUGAAAGCCCCUGCCAGGCUGUGGGCAUCCUGUGGAGAAGCUCACCUGGCAAGAAACUGGUUGGAGGAUUUCCACCUACAGCCAGCAUGGAACUCAACCUUGCAUGCCAGCCCGUGUGAGUGAGCUCAGAGGCGGAGCCCAGCCCCAGUCGAGCCUUCAGAUGAGGCCACAGCCCUGGUUCAUGGUAUGACUGCAGCUUCAAGAGGAACUGUAAACCCGAGGCACCUGGCUAAGAUUCCUCCAGAUUCCUACUCACAGGAGCCAAGAUCAAAAGCACUUGUUUUGAGCUGCGUUGUAGCAUCUGCUUCUGUGCUUUGCUGGGGAGAGGCCCUGGUGGCCUCGUUCCUGCCACCCGGAGUCCCUGGGCGGUCUCGGUGGCCCAUGCGGCCCAGCUCGGAGGCAGAGUCAUCCUUUGUGCCGGUGGUUCCAGCAUGUCGCCCUCAGUGAAGACCCUAGCACUGGGAGAGCUUGUUCCUGGCUCCGAGGAGAAGCCGAAGGGCAGGUGGCCUCUCAGCUGGGGAUCUCUUUUUGGUCACCGAAGUGAGAAGAUCGUUUUUGCCAAGAGUGACGGGGGCGCAGAUGAGAAUGUACUGACCGUCACCAUCACGGAGACCACAGUCAUCGAGUCUGACCUGGGCGUGUGGAGCUCGCGGGCGCUGCUCUACCUCACGCUGUGGUUCUUCUUCAGCUUCUGCACGCUCUUCCUCAACAAGUACAUCCUGUCUCUGCUGGGAGGUGAACCCAGCAUGCUCGGCACGGUGCAGAUGCUGUCCACCACAGUCAUCGGGUGUGUGAAGACCCUCGUUCCUUGCUGUUUACAUCAGCACAAGGCGCGGCUUUCUUACCCACCCAACUUCCUCAUGACCAUGCUGUUUGUGGGUCUGAUGAGGUUUGCAACUGUGGUUUUGGGCUUGGUCAGCCUGAAAAAUGUGGCGGUUUCGUUUGCUGAGACGGUGAAGAGCUCGGCCCCCAUCUUCACAGUGAUCAUGUCUCGGAUGAUUCUGGGGGAGUAUACAGGGCUGCUGGUCAACCUGUCCCUCAUCCCGGUCAUGGGCGGGCUAGCGCUUUGCACGGCCACUGAGAUCAGCUUCAACGUCCUAGGGUUCUCGGCCGCACUGUCCACCAACAUCGUGGACUGUUUGCAAAAUGUUUUUUCAAAAAAGCUUCUCAGCGGGGACAAAUACAGGUUCUCGGCCCCGGAGCUGCAGUUCUACACCAGCGCCGCCGCGGUGGCCAUGCUCGUCCCGGCCCGGGUCUUCCUCACGGAUGUCCCGGUGAUUGGGAGGAGUGGGAAGAGCUUCAGCUACAACCAGGAUGUCGUGCUGCUGCUUCUGACAGAUGGAGUCCUAUUCCACCUCCAGAGUGUCACUGCCUACGCCCUUAUGGGGAAAAUCUCCCCUGUGACGUUCAGUGUCGCCAGCACCGUGAAGCACGCCCUGUCCAUUUGGCUCAGUGUGAUCGUUUUCGGCAACAAGAUCACCAGCCUGUCGGCCAUUGGCACAGCCCUGGUGACGGUUGGGGUCCUGCUCUACAACAAGGCCAGGCAGCACCAGCAGGAGGCACUGCAGAGCCUGGCUGCAGCCACUGGCCAGGCGCCUGAGGACCGCGGGGAGCCGCUGCUUAUGCAGGACCCCAGGCAGCACCCCUGAGCGGAUGCCGCAUCCGUGGAAACGGGCAGGAACCCCCUCCUCCAUGGCCCUGCUGGGCUGCAGGACAUGGGGAGCUGAGUUGGGCAUUUACUGCUCCUUUCUCGGUUUUCCUGUUGAGACCAGCAGAAACGCAAAUGGGCUUCCAGGUAUCACCUUCCUGGAGUGGAGAGCAGAGCCCAUGUCAGCCGAGCCCAUCGCCGUGUAAUGUGAAAACAGCCUCUGCGGCUCCCAUGCUGGGCAGAGUGCCCAUGUCCUCCGUGGGCAGCACCCCAAGGUCCACUGGGAACCAGAGCUGAGUCCAGUGCCAAUGAGAGCUGCUCCCUGCUAGAGCCGAGAGAGCACUCAGCUUCCCACACCAGCCUUCAAAGGCCCUGAGGCCCUGGACUGGCUGCAGACUGGCUCUGGGCAUGAGGCCACAGAGCAGGGCUGACAGGAGUGGACAGAAGGGUCUCCUGCUGCCACCACAGGUGCUCAGAACUUCAGCCCACCUGGCUCAAGACUGUCCUAGAGGCAUCGCAAGCUCCAGGCUAUGAUGGCACUCAAGGGCCGUGACCAGGAAGCCUUCCAGUUACUCUGUGAAGAGGGAAAUCCUCUACCCCUUCCACACGCUGGGCUGCAUGAGACUCCCCUCUGGGGUACCCUGCCCGUCACAUUCCACAUCCUGGGCUGUGUGAGCCUUACCCCUGUGGCACUGUGCCUUCCUACCUGUGGUGGUUUCCAGCCCUGAGGUUGAGGAUAAAUGCCUCGUAUUUAACUAGGGGAGGAGAUGUGUACAUUCCUUUUCUUUUUUGGACUCAGUAUUAGGCAGGCUGUUCUGAGGUCUCUGUGGGGUGUGCCACAGGACAGCUCCCUCAGAGCCCACUGCUCCCAGUCUGUCUCAUCUUCGAGCACCUGUUCAUUUCCCCACAUGAGCACUCUGGCAGGACAUUGCAGUAUUGAUGGUUUGGGCUGUGUGGCAUUUACACAGCCAUGCUCCUUGCUGAAAUAGGAAGCGCUCACUGAAUGUUUCUGGGGCACAGUGUGUGUCAGGUGCCCAUCCCCCCAGCCCACUCUCCACAAGGGACAGUAGCCCUGCAACACAGGCCACGGGCCAGCUUGGCCCCUCCUUCCUCCUCAGUGUCACACAUCCCAAGGGCGCAGGAGGAGCCAUGUGUCAGGCAGAGGCUUCUGACCGUGCCUGAGCUCUUCACCCCUCAUCUUGCACCCAGCGUGUUUCUCAGCUGCUGCAGUCUGCUGCCAGCCAGCUCCAGGGCUUGUCAAUGGCCCCAGGUCUCACUUCCCUGCCAUGCUCCUCAGCUCUUUGGCACCCAUGGUCACUUCCCUGCCCGCCUUUUCAGGUCUCUGGCACCCAUGGUCACUUCACUGGUUUCCCAUUUGGCUUCCCACCUGGAAAAUAGAAAAAUAGCCCCUCUUGAAGAUAAAAUCAUCCAGAAACAGAGCAAUAAUGAUGACUCAUAACUUCUACCUACUCAAAGUCUGCCGUGAUGAUGGGUCUUUUUAACCCACAAGCAACCUUAUUUUUUUGAGGCAGUCUUGCUCUGUUACCCAGGCUGGAGUACAGUGCAUGAUCUUUGCUCAGUACAGUCUCGACCUCCCAGGCCCAAGCAGUCCUCCCACUCAGUCUCAUGUAGCUGGAACCAUGGGCAUAUGCCACUGUGCCUGGCUGCUUUUAUUUUUUUGUAGAUGGGGAUCUCACUGUGUUGCCCAGGCUGGUCUCGAACUCCUGAGCUCAAGCAGUGUUUCCGACUCAGCCUCCCGUAGUGUUGGGAAUACAGACAUGAACCACUGCACCUGCCUCUGGCCACUUUUAUAAAACCACUGCACCGUGAACACAUUUUUCUCAUGAUUUUUCCUGGGUUUCCCUUUCUCUUUUCUCUUUCCUCAAAAGCUAAUGGAAAGAAAAUGCCCUGGAGGUGGCAUGGGUGGGGGUUGGUGAUCUGUGAGCACCAGAAUUGAAAGCAACCCCCAGGGUGGCCCUGUCCACCUCCCCGUGGAGAAUGUGGCUACCAGGUUUCCCACUGGCUUCUUUGAAUACUGGUCUGGUGUAAGGAGAGGUGCAGAUGCCUGGUUCUGAGCACCUUUGGAAUUUCUGGUGCACAUCCUGUGGUGCCUUCCCUUCCACCCUCACAAGGAGCUUCCAGCCUGUUUUGAUUUUCUGUUUGUGGACCAGAUAAUGUUUUUCCAAAUGAUUAACAAAUAGGGUGAUUUCCUGUGUAAUGCUGCUCUGGAGCCCGUGCAGUGGCCAGUGCUGUGCCCUUACCCAGGCACACCAUCCCCUCCCCUGCCCCCUCCCUCAGUCACCUCUCCACUCCCAAGUCAGUUUCCAGUCACCAGUCUUCAAAGCAUUCCCAGAACAGCCCAGCACCAGAGGCAAAACCCAAGGCCUGGCUGGGCCAUGUUAAUGACUAUACAGACACAUUUUUUAAAUCACUUUGUCUAAUACUCUUAUAGAAUAGUACGUUCUUGUUGAAUGGUCACAGAUGUGCUUACAGAAGCACUGGCACUGCAUGUCUGACUUCCAUUGGGUGUGUCCAUCGUCACUGUCCGUGCCUUUGUAAACACACAACUCUUGAACCACCUCCUGGACUGAGUCAUCUGCUCACUUGCAUCGAUACUUAGAGAUGUGCAGCUCUCUGGCUUUCAAGGAAACUCCCUACUGAAUGGCAUAAAAAGAUUUUGAAAAUCCAGCAGUCAUAAUUCCCUGUAUAACAGUAUUAAAAUAACCUGCCUGCUUGGGAAGAGGAGAACACUUGCCCAACCCAAAAUGUGUAAUUUGUGAAAAAUUAACAUGCUGAGUCAGAAGCAGUAAUCUUAAAAAGCUGUACAAAGAAUAUCAGCCAAAUAGAGCUCUGCUUUGUAGCAUGCCUUUAAAACCCUUGCCACAAAACCAGUGAGCUCUGCUUGCUGCUGCCCUGCUCCCAGAGGGUCACUCAAGUGGGUCAGUGGGAGGAACGGGAACAAGACAGCUUUUACCAUCUGUCCAAAUGAUGUCCUGAGGCCUGAAAAUACCUCCCUGUUGGAAGAAGUAAGGAAGAAUGUUGUUACAGAUAGAAAUAGGCUGCUCUUUUGCCUUGACCAACAUUGUACUAAGGGCAUUAUUCUUUCCCAACAUACAUACCCACGCUGCUAGGGGCCUUCGUUCAUAUAAUGAGUGUCCCAGCUCCCCGAUAAAUCUGGCUAGUUCUCUGCCCUGGCUGAGGAUACAACAGUGGGUCAUCUACUCAGAGCACAGAAACCUGCAGCUUUCCUGCCUCGAAAGUAUUUUUUCCAUUUUCCUUGUGCGCCACCUGUUUCAGUGUGAUGACUGCUGGAUCCUUGUUCGUGGAAACUCAGUUGGAAACUUGCAACUAGCAAAGGCCUUUUCUGUUUUCCAUUUCAUUUGUCAUUCAGCUGACUUGCUUUUUCAGACUGACUGCAGAUGUGUGUGUCUUGACUUGCCCAUGUGGUGUUUGGAGGCUCCACCUUGAAAAGGGAGAGUCAGGGCAACUUUCCCUACAUGGGAAAACUUGAAAAUUCGUUAGCAAUAUCCUACGUCAGAGCCAAAUUCUAUUUCCUUUAUAUCAAACUAUGGAGAACUAAAAGCACAUCAUGUGUUUAUAGUGUUUUGUAUGUGACGCAUUUCAGUAUUUCUAUUACUAGACUAGUGCUUUCUAGCAAAUGAUUCUGUUAACUUAGGGAGUCACUGGUUAAAUCUGCUGUGGUGAUAGGUUGAUGCUGUGUAACUAAUCCUGUGGAUGCCUCCGUGUUAUUUUUGUCUAAACUAAGCAGCCAUGGUAGCCGCUAUGAUUUUUGCUCAGCAAAGUAAAAUAAAUGUUAAAUAUGGA